AUGACUUCAUUUUUCAAACUUUUUCCCUUAUCCCAAUCUCUAAUUACGACUGAUCUAGCUAUAGCCUUCGAUAUUAGAAACCAACAUCAAAUAGCAGCCACGACGGUUCCACCGUCGUCACAGCUUCCUCAAUCUACUGCUAACUCAUCGACGGAAUUUGACUCAGUUGAUUUCGGCAGUGGAACAGAGGGCGGUAGUGGCAAAGGAUCCGGGGCUGGAGAUGAAUCGGCACAGACGUUGAAGAGACCACAGCUUGUGUGGACGCCGCAACUGCACAAGAGGUUUGUGGAUGCUGUGGCCCAUUUGGGAAUAAAAAAUGUUGAGUUAAAACUUCAGCUAGAAGAUUAUUUAUAUAUUACAAAGGAAUAUUCUAGAAUACACAGCUGUGAUUUGUUCCUAUAUUCAUGGAGGAUGUUUGGAAUCUGUUGUAACCGAAAGAAUUAUGGUGAAACAGAAAAUUGA